AUGACUGCAUCAAUAGCAUCUAUACAAUUUAAUGCAAAAACAACUACAAAACAACAAUUUGCAUCUACACCAAAAGCAUGGAUUCAUUUUGUAGCGGGAGGUCUUGGAGGUAUGGUUGGAGCAAUUGUAACUUCGCCAUUGGAUGUAGUUAAGACGCGAUUACAGCAUAUAUAUCUGUAUUAUUUUUUUAGUGAUGUAUAUCGUAUUGAAGGAUCACGAGCAUUAUUCAAAGGUUUAGGACCAAAUUUAAUAGGAGUUGUACCAGCAAGAGCAAUUAAUUUUUUUACAUACGGAAAUGGAAAAAUAAUUUUGAUAGAAUUAAACGAUGGAAAAGAAACUCCAUUAAUUCAUUUAACAGCUGCAAUUAUAGCAGGAAUUACCACAUCCACCGUAAUUAAUCCAAUAUGGCUUGUAAAAACGCGUAUGCAACUUCAAAGUUCCAAUAAAUCACCACAAACACUCAUAAAAUACAAGAGUUCAUUUGAUUGUAUAAGAAAGGUUAUUAAAAAUGAAGGAUUCAUAGGGCUAUAUAAAGGAUUAAGCGCUUCAUAUUUAGGUGUGACGGAAAGCACAAUACAAUGGGUUUUAUAUGAAUCAUUCAAGUCAAAAUUUGCGGAAAAAAGGGAAAAAGAACGAAUCAAUAAUAAUAAAAGAAACGGUUCCGGUAGUCUAGUAACGCAACUAGAUAAUAGUUUUAAUUGGCGUUGGAUAGAUAAUUUGUUAGCAGCUGGUUCAGCUAAACUGAUGGCAGCUUGUGUUACUUACCCACAUGAGGUGAUUAGAACUCGUAUGAGACAAUUACCGGGUGAAAAUGGCGUGCGUAAAUAUAAAGGAUUAAUCCGAUGUAUCAAAACGAUAUUUAAAGAAGAAGGAUUUAAAGCAUUUUAUGGUGGUAUGAGUGCACAUAUGAUGCGUGUUGUACCAAACGCUGCAAUUAUUUUCUUUUGUUAUGAAUCAAUUUUAAGUUAUAGUGGAGCGAAUCAAAAAAGGUAG